UAUACAUAUUAAGCAGAUGAUUCAUAGCAGCAGUAGCAGCGAGAACAUCAGCAGCAACAGUUGAGCCCAGCCUUUCUAAGACCCAGACACCAGACAAACACGAGACAACUAUGCGCGAAAUCGUCCACCUCCAAGCUGGCCAGUGCGGGAACCAGAUAGGGUCUAAAUUUUGGGAGGUGAUCUCAGAUGAGCAUGGCAUUGACCCAACAGGCUCAUACCAUGGUGAUUCAGAUCUGCAGUUAGAAAGAAUCAGUGUGUAUUAUAAUGAGGCAUCAGGAGGCAAAUAUGUUCCGCGUGCUGUACUGGUGGACCUGGAACCUGGGACCAUGGACGCUGUGAGAUCUGGACCAUUUGGGCAGCUUUUCAGACCAGAUAACUAUGUAUUUGGUCAGAGUGGUGCUGGUAACAAUUGGGCCAAAGGUCACUACACAGAAGGUGCUGAACUUGUGGACUCUGUAUUAGAUGUGGUGCGAAAAGAGUCAGAGAGUUGUGAUUCUCUUCAGGGCUUCCAACUCACACAUUCUCUUGGUGGUGGAACUGGGUCUGGAAUGGGAACUCUUCUCAUCAGCAAGAUUCGUGAAGAAUACCCUGACAGAAUCAUGAAUACAUUCUCUGUGGUGCCAUCUCCUAAAGUAUCAGACACUGUAGUUGAGCCAUACAAUGCUACCCUGUCUGUGCAUCAGCUCGUUGAAAAUACAGAUGAAACCUUCUGCAUUGACAAUGAGGCUUUGUAUGACAUCUGCUUUCGCACCUUGAAGUUGACCACUCCAACUUAUGGCGAUUUGAAUCAUCUGGUUUCGGUAACUAUGUCUGGUGUCACAACAUGUCUCCGCUUCCCAGGCCAGCUGAAUGCAGAUCUGCGUAAAUUGGCUGUAAACAUGGUACCAUUCCCUCGACUUCACUUCUUCAUGCCAGGGUUUGCUCCUCUCACAUCUCGUGGUAGCCAGCAGUAUCGUGCUCUGACUGUCCCUGAGCUAACCCAGCAGAUGUUUGAUGCCAAGAACAUGAUGGCUGCUUGCGAUCCUCGCCAUGGACGCUACCUUACUGUUGCUGCUAUGUUCCGUGGACGCAUGUCAAUGAAGGAAGUUGAUGAGCAGAUGCUGAAUGUGCAGAACAAAAACAGCAGCUACUUUGUUGAAUGGAUUCCCAACAACGUGAAGACUGCAGUCUGCGACAUUCCACCUCGUGGAUUGAAAAUGGCUGCCACUUUCAUUGGGAACAGCACUGCUAUCCAAGAGCUGUUUAAGCGUAUCUCUGAGCAGUUCACCGCUAUGUUCCGGCGCAAGGCUUUCUUACAUUGGUACACUGGUGAGGGUAUGGAUGAGAUGGAAUUCACUGAAGCAGAGUCCAACAUGAAUGAUCUGGUGUCUGAAUACCAGCAGUACCAGGAAGCCACUGCAGAUGAUGAGGCUGAAUUUGAUGAAGAGGAGGGUGAAGAAGAAAUAAUGGAAUAAGCCAGAGAUUGUUGUUGUGCAGGAAUUCAUUUCAAGUAUAGACAGUCACUUUUCGGUUAUGAAAACAAAGAUCUAAAGGAAAACCAUCAACUUGAAGCACAUCAAAACUAAAGAACAAGAGCAAUCUUGAACUUAAAAAACAGUUUGCAGCACAGGAUUGGAUUUGAAUAUUGUCAAAGCUUUUCUCUUAGUUGUCAUAUUUUUUAAAAUCUUUUAAUUCAUAUGAAUGAUGUCACAGUUUUAAUUUAAUCUUGAGGUCACUCAUUCUUUUUAAGCAUAGGUGCAAUUAACUGGCCACUGAAGUGCAAUAAAUUUAAUAUUGUACACCAAAGUGUAAUUAAUACGUUGCUAAUCUAAUCUAUGUGCAAUAUAAAGAAUCUUGCAGAAACAAAAUCUUGGUGCUAUGAAGGAAAAAUAUUGAAUUUUCUUUUCUUUACUUUAAAAAAAUGGAAAGAUUGUCAGAUUGCUGAAGAGGAGGAAUUUGCAAAAUACUUGUGCAAUAUUUGACAGAAAUUUUUGUCUGGAAGGACAUACAUAAAAAAAAUUCUGGCGUAAUUAUCUGUGGCCACUGAUUCUCAGUGUCACAAAGUCCCAGAAUGUCAACUUUGAAGAGAUUAUUGUUGUUAAAGCUUAACUGUUAUGGAACCUUGCCAUGGAAUAAAAACUUAUUAAAA